UUCCACACAUUCAAACCCAAAAAAAAACCAAAACGAAAACCCCCCUACCUUCCAUUCUUCUUCUUCUUCAUUUCGAUGGGUUUGGGUUCCAAACAAUCCCCUGUUUCAACCGCCGUCAAAUGGCUGGGUUUCGUAACGGCCGUCUGGGUCCAAUCCAUUUCUGGCAACAAUUACACGUUCUCUAACUACUCCGAUGCUCUCAAAACUCUUAUGAACCUCACGCAGCUCGAGCUUAACAACCUCUCCGUCGUUAAAGAUGUUGGCAAAGCUUUUGGUCUUCUCGCUGGCCUUGCCUCUGACCGCUUACCUACUUGGCUUAUUCUUCUCAUUGGCUCGCUUGAAGGACUUGUUGGUUAUGGCGCUCAAUGGCUCGUCGUUAGUCAGAAAAUCAAACCUCUUUCUUAUUGGCAGAUGUGCAUAUUCCUAUGCAUGGGAGGCAAUAGCACUACCUGGAUGAACACGGCGAUACUGGUGACCUGCAUAAGGAACUUCCGCAAGAACAGAGGACCCGUCUCGGGAAUUCUUAAAGGCUAUGUGGGACUAAGCACGGCCAUUUUCACCGACCUCUGCUCCGCGCUCUUCAACGACAACCCUUCCAGCUUCCUCCUCAUGCUCUCCUUGACGCCCCUCGCCGUCUGCUUCACCGCCAUGCUCUUCCUCCGCGAAAUCCCUCCCUCCGACUCCGCCGCUGAAGUCGGCGAGGAGUCCCGCUUCUUCUGGCUCUUCAACACCGUCGCCGUCGCCGUCGCCCUUUUCCUCCUCGCUUACGAUUUCGUAUCCAUCCGCAGCGUUCUCUUCUCCAGGAUCUUCGCGGCCGUUCUGCUCGUCCUCUUGGCCUCGCCGCUGGUGAUUCCGGCCUACGCCUUCGUCAGAGCCUGGUCGUCUAAUCGGGUCGGGUCGGGUCAUAGUUCGGACAUGGAGGGUCGGGCAGACGAGCCGCUGCUGAAGCAGGAAGUAGUGCCGGACACUCAGCACAAGCCGGAGAUUCCGGAGGAGGAGAACGUGGAGGAGGAGAGGCGGAAGCCGCCGGUGAUCGGAGAGGAGCACACGAUCGUGGAGGCGAUGAAGAGCAUGGAUUUUUGGAUAUUGUUCGUAUCGUUCCUGUGUGGGGUGGGGACAGGUUUGGCGGUGAUGAACAACAUGGGUCAGAUUGGACUGGCUCUGGGAUACGCCGACGUUUCGAUGUUUGUUUCUCUCACUAGCAUUUGGGGCUUUUUUGGCCGCAUCGGUUCGGGGAUGGUUUCCGAGUAUUUCAUCAGGAAAGCUGGAACACCUAGGCCACUCUGGAAUGCUGCUUCACAGAUUCUGAUGGCUGUUGGGUAUAUACUCAUGGCCAUUGCCAUGCCUGGUUCACUCUACAUCGGUUCGGUGGUGGUUGGUAUUUGCUAUGGAAUCCGUCUUGCUAUCACAGUCCCAACUGCAUCUGAACUAUUUGGUCUAAAAUAUUAUGGACUUAUAUACAACAUCCUAAUUCUCAAUCUUCCUCUUGGAUCUUUCCUCUUUUCUGGCCUGCUUGCCGGACUAUUGUAUGAUAUGGAAGCUACAGCCACAGCUGGAGGAGGCAACACUUGCAUUGGUGCCCAUUGUUACAGGCUUGUGUUUGUGGUAAUGGCUGCUGCUUGCAUUAUCGGGUUCGGCUUAGACAUUUUGUUAUCUGUUAGAACCAGAAAUCUUUACAGCAAGAUUCAAGGCAGCAAGAAAUCUUCUAAAAAAGAGGAACUUAAAUGAGGUCAUAAAGAGGCCUGGAGUCAGGGGAUCUGAGGGCUCAUUGCCCAGUGAUAUCCCAUAUAUUAAGCCUUGAGUAGCUGCAGGUUCUCUUAUUUUCCACAUGAACCAUGCCGACCCAAAGAGUGAAAAAUUAUGUACUUUUUUUGUAUGCAUCCUAAUUCCUUAUCGUCGCCUGUUUGUUUUUGAUUGGUUCUUUGCUGUAACAAAUGUGUGUAAUUUUUUCACGAUGCCCAAAGUGCAUAUUAUUCUUCCA